GUUAAUGCUUAAGAGCAGCCGCGUCUUUAUCUCCUUCUUUUCUCCUUCAUAAAACGAUGCCAAAGAUGGAAAAAGGAAGACCGCCGGAAAGCAAGCGCAGCAGGAAGCCCGCUCAUCCCGUCAAGAGGGAGGUCAGCCAAGAGAUGAAGAGCUUUGCAGAAAGCACAAUGAAUGAAUUGUUGGGCUGGUACGGAUAUGAUAAAGUUGACCUGCAAGACUCAGAAGCCAAUGACAUCAGGAGUUACAACGGCAGAGCAAGACGCCACCAAGUAUCUGUGCUUAAAGAGAAUUCAGAUCCAAAGCCUACUGUAAUGGAGAGUAAGCUGGCCUCUGUGUCAGCUAAAAACGGAGUGAAAGAAUCUGCUAGCGUUCCCCUUUCUCCUUCAUCAUCCUCAUUCUCCUCCCAUGUGAAGGACCUGCACAGCACCCAUGUAGUUGUACCGCUCAUCAAACCAUCUGCAGUGGAUGAGCAGCAGAAUGUUCAGAUUGUGUGUGUUUGGUGUCAGAAGGAGGGGCUUAAACGGUACUCUCUGGUCAUGGGCUCUGAACUCAAGAGCUUCUGCAGCGAGAAGUGCUUUGCCAUGUGCCGACGAGCUUACUUUAAACGCAACAAGGCUCAAAAUGAAAAUCGGCAUGGUGAUCAGUCUUCUCCUCCUCCUGGUCAAACAGAGGAAACACCUCCUCAGCUCAUGCUUAAGAUGAACAGCAACACACGAGUAUGUGAUUGGUGCAAACACGUGCGUCACACCAAGUACCUGGACUUAGGUGCAGGUGAUGACAGACUGCAGUUCUGCAGUACCAAGUGCCUUAACCAGUAUAAAAUGGACAUUUUCUACCGAGAGGCCCGGGCUGCACUUACAUCUGCCUCUAGUCCAAGCCAACCAGAAAACGAGAACCAUCCAGCCGGAGAGAGUGAGACUCUGUUGACACCAGAAUCAUGGAACAACCCUUCCAUGGAGGGAGACAGCAAAGAAACAGUGUCACCCAAACUUUCCACACCUGUGUCAUCAUCCUCUUCAACAUCAUCCUCCACGGUUAGAGCAUCUGUCUUGGCUCAGCAUAAGGAAAGAGAGAGCUCUGCUCCUUCUCAGCUCCAAACUGGCACUCCAAGGCUGUCUACUCCUCCACCUCAUGUUGUUGUAGAGCAACCAUGGGUGAUACAGAAACCCCCAUCCUUUAAUCGAGGACUAAUCCAUGCACAGCCCCAAAACCCAGGCUCCAGCCCACACCAGAGACCCUCACACACAUCUCCGCAGGUACACACACCCUCGGUUCGCCCAGUUCCCCCACCACAGCUCUUACACCCAUACCCACCAUCAAUGAUGCCUUGUGCACCCACCUACCCUCACCCCAUUCCAUCACUCAUACCAACUCUGGGUCUGCCAUGUCCACAACCAACUGUCCUUGUGCCAUAUCCAAUUGUUGUUCCUCUCCCUGUUCCUGUGCCAAUUCCCAUACCAAUACCAGUGACCUCAGGGACUUUGGGAUAUGCUGCGGUUAUUCGUAACCACAAAGAGAAAGAGAAGACAGGAAGAGAUGCAGCUUCAGUCACUCCUGAAGACGUAGGUAAAGAGCGGAUGUCUGAAGAUCAGGAGAUUAUCGAUGGCAUCUUAGUGGAGCACAAAGUAAAGACUGAGCAGGUUUCAUCUCCAGACCCGUAUUCUCUUGCUUUCUCAUCACACACUUUCCCAAACUUAUCUGCUCAUCCACAGGUCAGUCCUACCCCUCCUUUGCCAGAAGAUCAGAGACACGAAAGUAGGGAGCGACAGGUGAUCCAGAGAGCAGUAUGCAGAGUGAAACAGGAAGGUGAAACAGACUUCGACCUCAAUAAGCAGACAGAGGUUGAACAGGAGAAUGGAUGGAGCAAGAAUGGGGAUGAAGAUAAUUCAUUUGCACAACAAAAAUCCCCUAAAUCUUACACAGGCACUUUAAAGCACACAUCCAGUUUAGCCCCUGAAAAUGCAUCUUCCCCAGUGGACAUGCCAAAUGCACGGGCUUCAUUCACUCUCCAGAAAACACUCAACACAACUUCUGUAGUCACUCCCACAGUGUCUAUCCUAUUGAACAACACAGUUGCCACUUCCAACUCAAGUCACUCUGUUUACCCCUCAAUGUGCGUCACUACAGUUCAGUCUGACCCAGAACAAAGAACAAGCUCCAGCCAAAAUUCAUCUCCACUUCCUGAAUCUGAAGAUGUAAAAGAGAAUGUCUCAGGAGGGCAGGAACCUGGAUUAAACUGCUCAGAGCAAACAGACUGCCAAACAAACCAAUCAGAGGAGAGCAGGGGAGGAGCUGUAGACAGUGAUGCUGUCACAGCUGAUGAACACGCGUAUGCACGAUCCAUCCCACCAAAAUUACGAGAAAAGAAUGCACACAUGAUCACGCUGACAACUGCACACACACUUUCUCACAUGGUUGCGCACAGCUGGGACAAGAGCUCACACAUGCAUGUGCCCACUUUCGAGCAAACUGGUGUGCAUCCUGAAAUAGAGCCAGCUUUGAAGAGGAGAUGCCUGAGGAUCAGAGACCAGAACAAAUGAAGCACAGAUCAUUUGUGUUGUGAACCUCCUUUUUGUGUAUCUGAAGUCAGAUACAGAAUGUAAGCCUCUCCCUUGGUGCUGGAAAUGAACAGG